AUGACCCAGGACUACGGUGUGGACGUGGUACUGUUGGCUGCUAGCUACAACACGUCACUGACCCAUGUGACCCAUACAACCCAAGUGACCCAGGUGACCCAGGCCUACACUGUUGAUGGGUUGCUGUUGAGUGACGAGGCGUUGCGCCUGUUUAACUUGAUCAAUUACGUCAUCCUGGGCGGGUGUGUCAGCGUUGUUGGUCUUGUGUUGAACCUGAUCAACGUGGCGGUGUACACCAGGCUGGGCUACAGAGACACCUCCAACAUGACGCUGUCGGCCCUGUCCCUCUCAGACACGGGGCUGCUGCUGAUGAUGCUGGCCUACAGCCUCGUGUACAACCCCCUGCUGCCCGCCGACAACCCCGAGCUGAUCUACGCCGUCAGAAACCUCGGCAUCGGCUGGCCUCACGUCAUCAUCAGCCGGGUCUCGGGGUGUAUAAAAGCCUUCAUCGCCCUCGAGAGGUUUAUCGCCAUCGCUCACCCCCUCAAGGUCAAGGCCAUCCUAACCCAGUCCCGUACGCUGAUCGUCUGCUUUCUCCUGUUUGCUGUUCCAUUCGCCGGCUCCACUCCCGUCUUUGUGUGUCUUGGUAUCAACUUGCAAUACAACGCCGUCCUUAAUACAUCAACGCUAGCACUAGUAGCCUGUAGUAAUCGCUACACGGUAGAGGUCAACGCUCGCUACUUCAACAUGUUCCUCCAGCUCUCCUCCUUCCUCCUCAUCUCUGUGCUGACCGUCGGGCUGGUCCACGCCGUGCUCAAGACGUCCAGGUGGAGGAAGACCUCUGUGACGUCAGGACGUACGACACGUGACCAGAGGCUGACUCGAACCGUCCUGGUCGUCUGCCUGUCCCACAUCGCCUGCGUCACGCCCAACAUCGUCGGCACGGUCGUUACGCUCGUGCUCAAAGAUUACCUGGCCAACGUCAGGUACAAAAACCUGCUGGACGCCAUCUACUCCAGCCUGUUUCUACUCGGUGCUAUCAACAGCUCUAUAAACAUUUUUAUUUACAUCAAGACUAGCUCAAAGUUUGUGAAGGUUCUGAAAUCUAUGUUGAUUCAACAAGAAAACAAAAAGAAUAUUUUUAUUUUAAACAAGCUGUAG